UGUCAAAUACCAGAGGCACAACAUGUGGGAUAUAUACGUAGGUGAAAAUGAUCAGUAUUUUCAUUUCUGUUUUCUUUACAAUUCUCCUCUUGAAAACAAAGUAUGUCUGGAGUAAAUAUGAAGAAGGACUCCUCAUCACAUCAGAGAAAUGGGCUUUUGUAUCAAGAUUUUGCUUCCUUUCUGACAAAGGGGUUUUUCAGUAUACCAUAGAAUAUGAUAAGGAAUAUGCAGUGCAAAAUCUUUUACUCUAUUAUGAUACACCUGACCAGUGGCCAUCAGUAUACAGGCAAGACAAGACAUGUGAGGAGCGGGAGUCUUAUCUGAAUGUGAGCCUCAAUCAAGUGGUGAAUCUAACUGAAAAAUAUACCAACUCAGGAUGCAGGCUGCGCACUCUUUCUGACCGAAAGAAAAUCUAUGUAUGUCAGAAGAAAAAUCUUUUUAUCAGUUCACGACCACGGUGGUGGUUCCUGGCCAUCAGUAAUUGCAAAUCAGUGAAGGGCCUAAACCUGAAGUACAAAUUUUUGAUGACAAAUGGGCCUGAUGGAGAUUUCUGGCAUAUGCAUUUUUCCGCAGAUGAAUUUUAUGUAAUGCCCCAGCUCAUUGGAUACUUCUGCAUCUAUAUCAUGCUUGUGGUUGCCGUAACUGUAUGUUCAGUGCGACUGAAAUCCCGAAAAUUGUACCAUUCUACCUACAAACUGUUUUAUGCAUCAGUGGUCCUCCAAUUGUUUGGGAUAACAUUCCUAAUGUGUGCAUAUGCACAAUAUGGUUUACAUGGUAUAAACUGUCCAGGAAUGAAAACCAUAGGUCAGAUGCUGGAGAUAGCUAGUGAAGUGGUGUUCCUCCUCCUCCUUCUACUCAUUGCGAAAGGGUUCACAAUCACUCGUGCAAGACUGAGACUCCCUGGAGCUGUAAAAUUGACAAUCUUCAUGAGUGUUUAUGUUGUUGCCUCAAUUGUGCUUUUUGUUUACAAAUUACUGUUCUUUGAUCCAGGGAAAGUCUUGUACUUGUACGAAUCCCCUGCAGGGUAUGGACUCAUCAUGUUACGCAUUUGUGCUUGGGGAAUGUUUGUCUACUCCAUUGUUUUCACAGUAAAAUAUAAUCCUGCAAAAGUUACAUUCUAUUAUCCACUUAAUAUGAUUGGAACUUUGUGGUUUGUCUCUGGCCCUGUAUUCAUUCUGGCAGCAAAUAGUCUCAUCGAUAAAUGGGUACGAGAGAGUGUUGUCUGCGGUGUUCUACACUUCGUUGCCCUCUUAGGACACGUUCUCUUCUUGGUUACUACCCUGCCAUCACACGCCAACAAGAUGUUCCCAUACCACGUGCGGACGACUCAGGUCGGAGUAAUGUCAGUGAUGCGAGCGGAGGAUCUGCCAUUUGUACCGCACGCUUAUGCACCUUCAGCUCCUCCACUGCCAGCACCACCACCACCACAGCCACCACUGCCACAACAUAACAGGCCCCCUGGGCAAGUGGGCGAGUGGAGAGCUUCCAAUGUUCCUGUUGAGCUGUUCUGUGUCAGCAGAAAUGUAGAGGUUCCUCAAAGGCCACUGGAACCUUCCAAAGAUGUAACUCACAUUCCUCUCCGCGAUUCCUACGACUCGUCACCAGAACACAAUUACAGAAGAGUACCUGAUGUAUUCCAAAUAAACACUCAAAGGGACCAGGUAAACACUUAGAAGUUCUGUAUGAAAAAUGUGUAAAAUUCCUGCAAUUGAGAAACAAACAUCUCAAGAGAAAAUUAUAUGUAUACUCCAAGAACUUUGUUAUAUUUUAUUUGA